AUGCAUUUCAAUAAUAAAAUGAUACAUUGGAUGUAUCCUCGUAGACCAGAUGAUUCACUAGAGUCUACUAGCCGACGAAGGCAUGAUGCUUCCGGGAGAUUCGAUGCUAUUAUUAUUACCACUACUGUUACUACCACUGCUGCUAGUAGUAAUCAAAGCUCGAAUGAUGAACACUAUCCUAGGACUACACGUUGUUUAUCAUGUCGAGAAUACGAUAGUCAAACUUGUAAUGGAGAGUUAUGUACUUAUGAUUCUGAUUUGAAUUAUCUUAAAGAAGUACAUCUUUGGUUGAAAAAUCCUAAUCGAUCAGUUACUAUUGGCGAUCAAUUUAAUUCUUCGAAUACAAUAUCGACAAAAUCUUCAAUAAGUUUAUCGACUUUAUCCGAUAAUAUUCACACAUCUUUCUCAUCUAUGUUAUCAAAUUCUCAGUCUACAUCUAAACUACAGGUAUCCGAUGUAGUGGAUCCAUUGUUGUUGACCAAGAACGAUAAUCAUAAUGGUAAUAAUAAUUCCAGUUGUGUGGAACAAACACUUCCAGCCAGUGUUUAUGAUAAUCGUCUGGACUUGUCUGCUGACUGCCAAUCUAUUAGCGAACUAUGCAUAAAUAUUCGUUUAUCUUCAUCAACGAUUGCAAUAGACAGUGUAGUCACAUAG